CGGUCGGGAGGAAAGUACAUCCGUGUUGGCGGCUGUGUGUCGACCGCAUGUCCACGUGCGCUUACGUCGUGCUGAACUCUUGAAGGUUCUGAGCUGGUUCUGGAAUCGACUAGUGUUUUGUAGUUAUUGACGUGCCAUAUUGUGACUUGAAUUAUGUGAUACACAUGGAAUUAAUGGGAAAUUGAUCGUUUUUCCAUUCAAAAGUUUUACUUGAAUUGAUUUUUAGUACUAGUGUGUCGCAGGUGAAUAUCGAUCUUUCACGGUUUUCCCGAAUUUGCAACAGCAUGCCAUUUUGAACUGCAAAUAAAUACAAUUCACCUAUUGGAUGUCUCGUUCCCCCGGAACUUAGAAAAAAUAUAUAUUACUGAAACAGCAUUUUCCUCAGUGUGAACGUUAAUUGAAUUGGCUUAUACACAACAGACGUGAUUUUGACUGCCUGUGGAAAAAUGUUGCGACAGACAGCUCAAGUUAAAUAACGACAACUAAAAGUAGGCCUAUACAUUCUAUUCCACCCGAGGUUUGAAAAGAAAGAGAAAGAAAGAAAGAAAGAAAAAAACGUAGACCAAAGCUGCAGGUAAGGCAGGAUCCUUGUGGUCAGGACGAGGUUAGAAGAGACACCGUCCUUCAAGUGAGCGGCGUCCUGCAGCGGCGGCCGUCAGGAUAUCAGGACACCGGCUGCACCGCCUCCAGAUUCGGCACCGAGACGUGACGCCGCAUCGCUUGGAAUACAUUCCCACGGAGAUUUCAACUGUCGAAGAAGUAGUGAUCCACAAGGCCACGUCAGUCUACACAUACCAGAUGACGACACGAUGUGGCCCAGGCGCUACCCGCUUCCUCCGUCGACGUGAGGGGUCAGCCUCCUGAACCCCUUCCUCGCCAUCGUCUAUCCUCCAGGAACCCGUCCCUUCCUCUGUCUCCUCUAUGACUCUCAACUUCCUCUUCAUUUCCCUCUGAAAACCAAUCCUCUUCAUACCCCCUUCCACCUCGCUCUGACCCUUCGCCGCCCCUUCUUCAGCGCCGCUUCCUGAAGGUAUAAUUCGAGGAUCGGCCGGACCUCAGAGCGCCUCGACGCACCUCGGAGAUGGAGGAGUUCAGCGACCUGACCACCGAGUAUUUCACCGACGUCUCCUUCAGCGAGGAUGUCUUCAGCCAGUCCUCCACAACACCCUCGGCGGUUGAAGUCGGCAAUGCGGACGGGGAUGACGUGACGACCCCGGUCAACAGCAGCAGUAUGGGUGGGUCGUACCUCCGGACGGCGCCCUGGGUCGUGCCGCUCCUCGCCGUCGCCGCCACCAACGCCGCCGCCAUCGUCGCCUUCGAGGUAUACGUCUUAGUACGAGCGUUACACGGGACGCCCUCUCGCCGCCACCUGUUCCUCGGCCAGUGCCUGCUGCUGGGGCUUCUCAUGUGCUCCCUCUCCGGCCUGCCCAUCGCCCUCUCGCCCACCCCGCUCUCCUGCGGCGCCACCAGACUCUUGGUCGGUGUGUCCAGCGCGUUGGUGUUCGCGGCUCUCCUCGUCAAGUGUGUGUUCCUCAUCUCUCUAAACUCCGGAGUCUAUCUGCCAGCCCAUUACCAGGGCCUCUUGCUCUUCUUUAUCGUCCUCGUACAGGUAAGCGUAAACAUCCAGUGGCAGUGUUCGUAUCCCGCUGCUGUUACGGUAAUGAGGGACGAGGUGUCGGGGCAGCUGCAUCUCUCCUGCGUCGCUUCCUACAGGCAGUUCCUCCUGUCUCUCAUCUACGUUAUCAUCCUCAUCAUAGCCGUCGCUGCGUUAGCUAUUAAGUGCCGCGGCAUCCGCGAGAACUACCGCGAGGCGUCGUACAUCGGCGCGGCGCUGGGGCUCGUGCUGCCGCUGUGGCUUUCGUGGACGCUGGCGGGGCUGAUCCUGCCGGCCAGCGUCCAGCCCGCCUGCCUCGGCUUCGGAAUGGUCGCCACCGCCACCAUCGUCUUCGUGGUCAUGUUCAUUCCUAAGGGUCGUCAACUGGCGGCCGUGGGCAAAGAGGGCCUCUACAAGGAGGACCGCGACGACCGGAUGUCCACGCUGUCCGGCGGCGCAAGAUACUCGCCCUCUUUCUUCCUCUUCAAACCCAUUAAGCCUCCCAAGGAGAUCCUGCGUCCGGCCAACUCCAUAUACAAGACUCAUUUCUCAGAUAUGUUCGGUUACGGAGCACUCCCUCCACCCACCCAGCUCCCGCCCCCCGCACCUCACUACUGGCCGCCACUGCACUAUUACCACCAUUACUACCCAGGCGUGAGUCGAGGCGACGAGGGGGUGUACACCAGCAUAGAGCGACCUGCGCCUGAUUUCGCAGUCUCCUCCAACCCGAACUUCUACUUAUUUCGUUCCCACAGUCAUGCUGGCAUGAUGUACUAGCUACAGCUUAUGAAACACUGCAAGCUGAUGCAGGGUAGACUAUGAUCCCGAGGAGACCGACGGUAGUGGCAUCAGAAUAUCACUACGACAGAUGGCUUGUUGUGUGGCCGAAUAUUAUCACCGCCACCUUGUUUACAAAAUAAAUGGUGAAGUGCUAUAAACAUCCAGUAAAAUGGCCAUAUACUGUGGUAUUACAAGAUGUCGAUGAUGUGUGAAGCAGCAACAUACAUAGUGAAAAUAAUCUGCCACUACAAGGUUAUGGAACAUGAACCAUUCUUAACAGAUGCUUGUGAUGUAAACAUAACGAUGUAUUGAUAACCCAUCACCGUUUAAGUAGUAAGGUAUCCGAUUGAAUUAAUGGAUAUUUGUACAAGAAUUGUGAUAGUGAAACAACUUUAAACAUGAUAUUUGCAUAUUCUGACUUUUUAUCCGUAUGCGAAAGAGGUUGCCUGUGACCUCACUACACCUACUGCCCCAAGAGCUGAUAUUUUAGGCUGUCAAUUUUUCGGUAUUCAUUAUCUUCUGAGGACCAUCGUGGCCUGUGGGAGUAUGUUGUUGAAUAUUGAAUACCUGGACACAUCACUCUAAAAUAUAUUGCCAAGGUGAAUUUAUAGUCAUUGUGAGUUGUAUACAAAUUGCAGUUCGUUCUUGAGAGGAUAUGAUCGUGGUACUGAUCAAAACGAAAAGUUUCGACCGAAGACAAACAUCAGUAUUAGAUAUGUUUUUGUGUAACUCAUUCCUGUGGAUUUAGUCUUUACAUGCAAUUGCCGUGACGGCGUAAUGCUGAGUGAUAUUUUGAUUAUGCCAUGUUAUUCAUCUGUAUGUUUAUCUUUAUGUGAUUAAACUUUUUGUGACUACUUUGUCCAUAAUAUUGCACACACACACACAAACAAACAAACAUACACACAAAGUUACACUUACACAGUUUACACUUACACAAAUACAUGCACAAAUGCAAACACACACACACACACACACACACACACACAC